AUGGCUUCAAAGAAGUUUGAACAAAGGAAUUUUGAAGGAAUAGACAAUCCUGCUGCUACGGAAGAUAACGGAAAUAAUUUAAGACCAGAUCUCGUAAUAAAUGUACAGCCUAGAUCUCCAGAAAAUGGUCGCGCCGAAUUGCCCGUGAACACAGUAGACUGGCAAUCACGGAGUCGGGGUCAGUUCAUCCCUAGGCAUGGUCUAGAUUUUCUCAUCGGUGUAUCAAGUCUCCUUAUACAGCAAACUGUUGAGUUGAAUGAUCUUACUUCUAAAAUCGAUUCAGAAAAUCGGUAUAUCGUAAGAGUACCAAAUGGCGAAGCCCUGUACUUUGCCAGUGAAGUAUCAACAUCCACUCAGAGAUGCCUGUGUGGCACAGGGCGGUCGUUCGUGAUGCACAUACACGAUAACACGCGGCAAGAAGCAAUGAUGUUGCAAAGACGUUUAGCCACCGCUUCGUGUCUCUUCCCUUGCAGGCUACAAGAAAUGAAAGUUAUAACACCACCGGGCAAUUAUGUAGGCCGCGUGCAUCAGCAGUGGACGUGGAUGGUUCCAUUCUAUCUAGUGAGAGACGCUAACGACGAUGUUCUGUUUGUAAUCGAGGGCCCUGCUACAAUAAAGAGGAGUGCACUGAUACUUUCUGAAUUUAAGAUAAUGUCUGGCGAUUCCUUGCGCGAAGUCGGUAAGAUAUCGCACGGAUGGCACCGAGAACUGGUGAACUUUGCAACUAUACUCAAGUUCCCAGACGGGGCCGUGCAACCAAAACACAAGGCUCUUCUACUGGCAGCGACUUUCUUAUUGGAAUACACGUACUUCGAACGGGCAAAGACAAGCUGUUUACGUUGCAACUGCCUAUAG